AUGCCCGCGGUCCAUGGAGAUCUGACGACUCCAGUAGCAGCCAACGAUGAAGAGCUUCCGUUUACGAUUUCUCCCCGGCAGGUGGUCCUGAGGGAUCGAGUCACAGUCGCUACGUUGGUGCCUUUCUCGCCAAUGGACGAGGUGCCUCGAUCUUUGCUAAAGUAUCUAUCGGACCAACUCAACAAGGAGAUCGAAAAAGGUGACACGUAUGCUAUGAUUGAUCCCAUUCAGUUGGAUCUGUUCAGGCUGUAUUGGUUCUCCAACUUUAGUGCUAUCAUGGUCAUGGGUGAUGUGAAGGAUGUACACGACAUCCAGGCCAUGGAUAAGAACGGGACCGACUGGGCUAAGAUCUGCCUGGGCAGCUUCACGGUUAGACCGAACUACCCAGGCCGUAGUAGUCACGUCUGCAAUGGCAUGUUUCUUGUCACGGAUGCUGCUCGAAAUAGGGGUGUUGGUAGACUAAUGGGAGAAGGAUACUUGGAUUGGGCUCCCCGGUUGGGAUACACAUACGCUGUCUUCAACCUGAUUUAUGAGACCAAUGUGGCUUCCUGUCGUAUAUGGGAUUCCUUGGGCUUCAAACGGAUUGGUAAAGUACCUGGAGGUGGUAGAUUGACCUCCGGAGAGUACGUUGAUGCAAUCAUCUAUGGUCGAGAUUUAAAUACCGAAGGGGAUGAUUCCAUCACCCAGGAUCGAUUCGAUAAGAUCAGGUAUUAUCUCAAGCAUUCCAAAUAUCCCAGGGGUGCGGAUAGAGCCGAAAAGAGCCGGCUCAGGAGUGCGGCCACUCAUUAUAAGCUUAUUGGCGGGGAGAAUGGCAAGCCUGAAAAACUGAUGCUGAAGGACAAAGAGGUGGUGUCGGAUCCCCAGCAGCAGUAUGAUAUUGCUCGGGAUAUUCAUGUCCAGCAGCAUGCAGGAAUCAAUAAAACCACUGCUGCCAUUGCCGUUCAGUACCACUGGGUGCGGAUCAAAGAAACCGUCAGCCGAGUCAUCAGAGAUUGUCCACAAUGCAAGGAAACCCUUAAACAACCUACAACAAAUGAAUUCAGAGGCGAAGACGGUUCUGAAGUUGAGGAUGAUAUGAAGCCAGGCUUGCGGGAGAGUGGGACAGGCCUGUCACCCAACGGGACUAUUGGAACAAACCAGCUUAUGAACGAUAACCCCAUCGAUCCGUCUCCCAACCAUAAUCCCUUUAUUUCACCGCAUCCACCUGCCGUUCCAGGGGCCGUCGAAUCCAUGAGUGACUAUACGGCAAUACCUCUUGAUCCCCAGAUUAUCGACAUCCACCAGCAUCUCCCUCGAUUCCAACACCCAGAUACUAUGACCGAUCCAUAUGCACACGGAUCUCACAAUUUACCCAGCUCAAAUUUUGAUGACGAGGUACGGCAGCAUGCUUCUCAUGACUAUCAAAUGAUGAUGGACGAUACAUCUGAUGGAGAAACCGGGGCGGCGCUACGUCAAGAAGCGCUCAGGCUAGUAAAUUCACAAGCACAUGAAGUGCAGCAACAACAGGAGAUAUUAUCCAAGUAUGAGUAUUCCGAACGACCAGAUGAUUUGGAUUUUUCUUGA